GGCUGAGACAGCAUGUGUUGUAAUGUGAUUUCGUUUUGUGAAUUCAUCCGACGAUUUCCACAGUAGAUGACAGAAAUCAUUCGAAUUAGUCGUGAGUUGUUUGAGCAAUGAAUUCAGAAGGAAUUGCCGGUGAAGGUGCUUCCAGGCACUAUAAAAUGACUAAUGUUCAGAAGCAGAAGUUGCUGCAAUUUAUGGAGGAUCACCCAAAGCUCCAGAAGGGAAAAUAUGAUUAUUCAUUCACAAUGGAACAAGCUCGGGAUCUCUGGAUGAAACUCACAAAAAUCCUCAAUGCAACACAAGGACCAAAGAAAACCUGGCUUUACUGGAGGAAGUCCUGGCAUGAUUUGCAAACAAUGCAGCGAAAAAUCGGGAAAACAACAAAGGAAAUCCUGGCUGAUAUGGAAAGAGAUGUUGAGGCUGAAUCUAAAAUAGAAUAUCUCGAUGUUGGCAGAUUAGAUGGAUCCGUAGAUCAAAAGGCACCAACAUCCAGCUCACCAGCGGUAGUUGUUGCAUCAUCAUCCAGAGGAGCUCCCAAAUUGACAAAGAAUGAGAAACUUCCGGAUAAUUUCGUUUUGCUCGAUCAUGAUGAUAAUGUUGAGCAUGAAUACUACAAGAAGAAGUUGGAGCUGAUGGAGCGUCAGACCAUUGCUUUUGAAAUUCAAGCACAAUCCCAGCAAAUUCAGGCUGAAACUCUCCUGGAGAUUGCUGAAACGAUCAAGGAUGUUAAGGAAAUGCUGAAAGAUAUGAAUAACCGUUAAAGGUUUAAUUUUUCUUUAUUAAUUCUAGUUUUGUAAGAAAAUAUUUUUAAUAAAUAAAUAAAUAAAUAAG